ACUUAAUCCAUAUAAAACCCUCUCUCAACUACUGCCUCUCAUUCAAUCCCCCAACAAAAACAAAACAAAAGGCAUUUUUGUUGAAUCCAAAUGGCUUCCACACUCACAGAUUCCACUUGCUUUUUCAAGGGCCUCCAACAGAAGGGAGUUCAUGGAGGGCAUAGAUUUGUGUCAUUGUAUCCGACUGGCACCUCUUUAUUGAAUUGGGAAGUUUUACCACAAUGCAAACCCAAAUACCAAAGAUGUGCAAUCUCCUUGAGAAGGACUAAAAUCGUAAAAGCAGUGGCCAGUCCUGUUACUGCACCAUUCCCAGGAGACAGUGCAGAAAGGAGGCAAGAACUAUGUGAAAGUUAUGGUUUCAGGCAAAUCGGAGAACCUCUCCCAGAUAAUAUCACGUUAAAGAACGUUAUUGAUUCACUUCCCAAAACGGUGUUCGAGAUUGAUGAUGUUAAAGCAUGGAAGUCAGUUUUGGUAUCUGUAACAUCAUAUACGCUGGGGCUUUUCUUGAUUGCCAAAUCCCCUUGGUAUCUUCUUCCUUUUGCCUGGGCAUGGACAGGAACUGCAAUUACAGGGUUCUUUGUAAUAGGUCACGAUUGUGCUCACAAAUCUUUCUCAAAAAACAAAUUGCUGGAAGAUAUUGUUGGAACUCUGGCCUUCAUGCCAUUGAUAUACCCCUAUGAGCCAUGGCGCUUCAAGCAUGACAGGCAUCAUGCAAAAACAAACAUGUUGAAUGAAGAUACUGCUUGGCACCCCGUGAUGAAAAAAAAUCUCGAGGAGUCUCCAAUUUUCAAGAAGGCAAUUGUAUUCGGAUAUGGUCCCAUUCGCCCCAUCAUGUCUAUAUCACACUGGUUAAUAUGGCACUUUAAUUUACAGAAAUUCAGACCAAAUGAAAUUAAAAGAGUAAAGAUCAGCCUUGCUUGUGUUUUUGCAUUCAUGGCAAUUGGAUGGCCUUUAAUUGUAUACAAGGUGGGGAUAGUUGGAUGGAUUAAGUUCUGGUUAAUGCCGUGGCUGGGCUAUCAUUUUUGGAUGAGCACCUUCACCAUGGUUCACCACACUGCACCUCACAUACCUUUUAAAUCUUCAGAAGAGUGGAAUGCGGCUCAGGCCCAACUUAGUGGCACAGUGCAUUGUGAUUAUCCCCGCUGGAUAGAGAUACUUUGUCAUGAUAUCAACGUUCAUAUUCCCCAUCAUGUCUCCUCAAAGAUUCCAAGCUACAAUCUGAGGGCAGCUCAUAAAUCUCUUCAAGAUAAUUGGGGAAAAUAUAUGAACGAGGCAUCAUGGAAUUGGCGUUUAAUGAAGACAAUUCUGACGAUCUGCCAUGUCUACAAUGAGGAACGCAAUUAUAUUUCGUUUGAAGAGGUUGCUCCUGAAAUAUCCCAACCAAUCACAUUCCUUAGAAGGGUAAUGCCUGAUUAUGCAUAGUACAUCACUUGUAUUUUUUAUUUAUUUAUUUAAUUUAUUGUCAGUUAUAUGCAUGUUCCUCUUUUUUGUACAAUACAAGUUAGGCUAAUUUUCAGAAUGUUGCUGGCUCA